AGGCGGCAAAAAGCACGUGACUUUGUUCCAAGUACCAUAUACCGUUGUUUUAUAACCUCAAAUAAUAAUUAGAGGAGAAAAAAUUACGAGGCAGCCCUUCGAAGUUGGUCGUUCGGGUCGUUCGUUAUAAAAUUUUAGCUACCCUGAAAAGAAUUCUUAAUCAACAUGUUGCGCCUGAGUAGCCGCCGCUUGGCGAGCACAGCUUCUUCUGCAACGUCUAAUACCAAAGCUGGGAAAACGUUGGAUGCUAUUAUACGAGUGGAUCAUGCUGGCGAACUUGGAGCAGACCGAAUAUACGCAGGACAAAUGGCUGUCUUAGGUAAAUCAUCAGUGGGGCCGACUAUACAACAUAUGUGGGAUCAGGAAAAACGACACCGCAAAAAGUUUGAAGAAUUAAUCAGGAAGCACCGUGUAAGACCGACGGUUCUUGUUCCGUUUUGGAAUGUAGCUGGAUUCGUUUUGGGUGCUGGGACAGCAUUGAUGGGACCAAAGGCAGCAAUGGCCUGUACUGUAGCAGUGGAGACUGUGAUCGUUGAGCACUAUAACGAGCAGCUGCGAUCUUUAAUGGACAGUAAUGACGAAAACGUAGACAAAGAGUUAUUGGAUACAAUACAAAAGUUCCGUGAUGAAGAGCAGGAACAUCACGAUACUGGAAUUGAUCAUGGUGCUGAACAGGCACCGUUUUAUCAAGCUUUGACAAACGUUAUUAAAGCAGGAUGCAAAACUGCUAUAACGAUAUCAAAAGUCAUUUAAAUCGAGCUUGUGAAUUUCGUAAUUAUAGCAUGUGACUUGAAUCGUAAAAUGAGUUUUACUACUUCGAUCGAUCCUAGUUAAACCACAGAAAAUGAGAAUGAUUCAAUGUAACCAAUAUCACUGCAAGCUUGUAAUUGUACUCAACUCCAUUCGAAGCUGAUAUUGCUGAUUUUCAUUUGCUAAACAUUACCUACGCAUUGAUCCUAUACAGCUACUUUGCUUCAAAGACAUCCCCAGCGCUAGACUUUGUUUUACUUACAAUUAAGAAAUUUUCAAUGAUUGCAAUACUUUAUCCAAACUUAGCUAC